UGUAUAUCCACAGACAUAGUACACCUCGGCCCAGUGAACGUAUCUACAAACAAAAUACAUUACAGUCGUAUAUAGACGCAGCACACCACUGCGGUGGCUGUGGGCGAACUCAUGGAGAGCCGAGACGAUGAGCAACGCCGCUGCGAGAAACUGACGGAUGAUAUGAAUGUCAUACGUGCAUACAUAACCCUCGCUACAUCAUCGGAGAAACGACGGUCCCUGGAGCUGCAACUGUUACAGAGUGAGCGCGAAGUGGCGAACGCGCGCGAGAAUUUGGAGAAGAUGAACAAGUCCGUGGCCCAAGAAAUGCGUAACUGGGGCCUACGAGACGUCGAAAGGGCUCUCAAGGCAGACAUGCACAAGCACGCUAUAGCCAAUGUGAGCUCGCUGAAGCAAGCCAACGCACAGUGUGAGAGUCUACUAGAAACCCUGGAAGCUCUGGGCUGAGAGCAAACCUUGGAAGCUCUUGGCUGAGGCAUGUUUUGUUCCUCUAGAAUCCAUCCUAUGGUUCGUUGACGCGCCGAGAACCUGUGUGCAGGAGGGCUACCGAGGGAGCCCCACGCGCCCCUUCACCAUGGUCAGUGUUGGGUAUUGGGUUUUGCUAAUAAACACUUACAUCGCCACACCAAUAAACGACAUUGGUAAUCCUGAGAGUGUCUGGGGUACCUAUGGAUAUGAUCACGGCCGUCAGGCAGCUAGGCGGGAAACAGUAAACACCGAUGGAAAUGUCAGUCGUGGCACUCUGUGAGCAAUUAAGAGUGGUUUAGGUUUUUUAGGGUUUAGGGUCAUUAGGAAGCGGUGGGGCUCUAUGUGUCCAUUGAAGCCUAACACUCGUUUCUUGUGUCUCGAGUGAUACUGCAUCUUACACGCGCCGAGGUCUAUAAAUAAACGUUUUGUAUACAAUUUUAC